AGGGGUCACCAAAGGGUCCAGGGGCUCCCUGGCCACGCCCUCUCCCUGAAGCCACGCCCACAAAGCGGCCGUUCAAAUGGCCACGCCCCAACCAGGCCACGCCCAUCCAGACCACGCCCACCAGGCGCGAUGGGAUUCGCCGGGAACUUCGGGUUUUUUUGGUUCGUCCUGGGCGCCCUCGGCCCCCUCCCCCCCCGCGGAAGGGCAGGGCCUGUGCCAGCGCCCCCUGAACGGGACCCACUGCGGGUGCCCCAAGGGCUUCGAGGGAACCCCCUGGGAGAGCAGCCAGCCCUGGGAGCAGCGCUGUGAGGACAUCAACGAGUGCCUGAGGGAGGGGCCCCCGCCCUGCCCCCCCUCCCAGAGCUGCCACAACACCGAGGGGGGGUUCAGGUGUGAGUGCAACCGGGGCUACCGGGCCGGGACCCCCCCCAGACAACGGGACACCCCCGAAAACGGCACCGGGACCCCCGAAAACGGCACCGGGACCCCAAAAAAACAGCACGGGACCCCCGAAAAUGGGACCCUGAAAACGGCACCGGGACCCCCGAAAACGGCACCGGGACCCCCGAAAAUGGGAUCGGGACCCCCGAAAAUGGCACCGGGACCCCCGAAAACGGCACCGGGACCACCGAAAAUGGGAUUGGGACCCCCGAAAAUGGGAUUGGGACCCCCGAAAAUGGCCCCAUUUAUUGUGAAGAUGUGGACGAAUGCGCCGAGGUGGGGGAGGGGCUGUGCGGGGGGGGCUCCGUUUGCCUCAACACCCCCGGGGGCUUCGAGUGCCACUGCCCCCCCCCCCGGCCGGGGACCCCCGGGGCCGGACGGGUGCCCAGCGGUGCCGGUGCCCCCCGAAAUCUGCCCCGAGGAGGAGGAGGGCUGUGAUUUGGGGGAGAGCCUGGCCCGGAUUGCGGAGGAGCUGAGGGGGGGGCGAGACCCCCGGAGCCUCCUGCAGGAGCUGCUGUCGGUGCUGGGGGGGGCCCUGGGGGGGUCCCUGGCCGCUGCCCCUCCCCCCCAGCGGCUCCCCCGGCUCUCGGCGCUGCUGGAGGCGGGGGAGGGGCUGGCCCGGGGCGCGGGGACGCGGCUGCCACAAGGGGGCGUCACCAACGUCACCAUGGAGACCGCAGCUCUGUCCCUGGCCGUGUCCCGGGGUGCCCCCCCCGGCCCUGUCACCCUGGGGGUCCCUGGGGUGACGCUCGAGGUCCCCCCCGAGGUGGCCCUGGACGAGGAGAGCGGCCUGUCCCUGGUGGGGCUGCUGACCCUGGCGGGGCUCCCCGGGGCCCUCUCGGGGGCUCCCCCCGUGCUCUGGGGGGUUGGGCGCGGGCCCUGCCCCGCCCCCCCCCGCCGGGGCCGCCCCUUCCCCGCGUUCCGGGUCCUGUCCCCGGUGGGCGCCGCUUUCGUGGCCCGCGCGUCCCCGAGGCCGCCCCGGGACGGCCCCGCGGCCACGCUGCGGUUCCGGCACCCGGCGCCGGACCCCAAAUUGGGGGGGACGAUCGUCUGCGCCUUCUGGAACCCCCGGGCGGGGCGCUGGGACACGGGGGGGUGCCGGGUGGUGCCCCCCAAAAACGGGACCCCCCCCCCACGGGGAGCCCCCCGGCACCGUCUGCGCCUGCGACCACCUGACGAGCUUCGCUGUCCUGAUGGCCUUCAACGAGAUCCAGAUAUCGCUGAUGAUGUCACUGAUGAUGUCACUGAUGGUGUCACUGAUAUCACUGAUGGUGUCACUGAUGAUGUCAUUGGUGUCACCAUCCCCUCUCAGGACCAUUGGCUGCUGGACCUGGACCAUUGGCUGCUGGACCUGGUGACGCGUGUGGCCCUCUCGGUGUCCGUGGUGGCCCUGGUGGCCGCGGCCGCCACCUUUGCCCUGUGCCGCGCCGUGGCCGAGCCGCGCCGGACGCUGCAGCUGCACCUGAGCCUGAGCCUGCUCGGGGGGCACCUGGCCUUCCUGCUGGGCAUUGAUGGGGCACACAGCCCGGUGUCCUGCGUGGUGACAGCGGUGGUCCUGCACCUGUCCUACCUGUCAGCGUUCUGUGUCCUGUGUGGUGACAGCGGUGGUCCUGCACCUGUCCUACCUGUGUCCUGCGUGGUGACAGCGGUGGUCCUGCACCUGUCCUACCUGUCAGCGUUCUGUUGGAUGGCUCUGCAGGGCGCUCACCUGUACGUGCUGCUGGUCCAGGUGUUCGCCCCGGCCUGGCUGCGCCCGCGGCCGCUCCUGGCCCUGGGCUACGGCCCCGCCCUGGCCAUCGUGGGGCUCUCGGCGGCCGCGUUCCCGAAGGGAUACGGGACCGAUCAAUAG